GUCUUUCUUUUCAGAAUGUUGGUGACGAUUCCUCUGAAAUGGUGGACUUGUGGGGUGAUGAUAAUAAAGGAGAACUUGAGACCAAUCCUAGAAAGAUUUUCAAAAAACCUUCAAUUAUUCCAGCAGUAGAAAUUGAACAUCCAGGAUGCUCAUACAACCCUACAACUGAAAGUCACCAGGAUAUGUUGGCUGAAGCCGUUGCUCAAGAAAUGCAGAAAGUUUACAAAACUGAGUUAGGGCCUGCACCUGUUCCUCUGACUAUUGAUGGAGAUGAAGUCAGUGAAGAUGAGAGGUACUUUCUUGGAGUGGACAAAAGUCUUGGUGAUGGUGAAGAUGAAGAUGAAAAUGAUGAAGAAGUUGAGAAUGAAGUGUCAGAGGCUGGUAACAAUUUCGCAAGAAAAACAAAGAGGGUUACCCGCGUGGAAUUAAAUAAGCGAUGUAGGCAAAAGGCUCUGCGAAAAAAAGAGACAAAGGAAAAGGCUAAAAAGCAGAUCUCAAAGGAAAUUGACAGUUUACCCAAUAUCUUAAAAGAAAUAGCCCGAGAAGAUGAGGAUAAACAGAAUAAACAUUUACGACGGGUCGUCGCUAAGCAGGAAGUGCUAAAGAUACGUCCUCCUCGUUUGGGAAAGUACAAAUUUGAGGCUCCACCAGUUCAAGUCCUCUUGACAGAAGAGAUGACUGGGUCACUUCGUAAGCUGAAGGCAUGUUGCACUCUUGCAAGAGAUCGAUUCAAGAGCCUCGAGAAGCGAGGAAUACUUGUUCCCUCAAAGAACAUUAGAAGGUCUUAGGAACUCUUCUCACUAUCUGCGGCUUGUUUGAGAAAAGCUUUUGGUAGAAAUCUUUGGUAGAAAUCAACAACAAAUGCUAUCUCAAUCGACUCAUAUAUCUUGUGUUUUAACAUUAAGUUGUUUGAAAUGUUGUCAAAUUUUGAGUUAAUGAAAAAAACAAUAGAUUUUGCUACAAA